ACUUGGUACUAAUCAGGAGGGAGUUAGAGAAGGUUUGAAGAAGAUGGGAAAAGCAGUAAUAUUGGUAGUGAGACUUGUUGCCUUUGCGUGCCUCGUGGGAGCACUCGUCAUUCUUCUUAUGAGCUCCCAGUACUCCGACAAUGAAAGCCUUUUCUACACUGACGAGCAACUUCAAACAAAGUUUACUGAUUUUCGUGUUUAUAUUUACAUGCUCGGCUGCAUUGGCGUGGGAAUUGCGUAUAAUCUCUUUCAAACAGUACUGUCGCUAAGCAUUGGAGUCAGUUUGUUAGAUCUAUUUGGUGACAUGAUCAUAGCAAAUGUACUAGUUUCAGGGGCUGCUGCAACUUAUGGUUUUACCCUGGAAUUGAGCCGAGCUGCCGACUUAGAGCCCACAAGUUUCUUCAACAAGAUUUUUGUGUCGGCGGGUCUUUCUCUAUUAGCUACUCUCUUCACACUAAUCUCUCUCAUUUCCGCUCAUGUUGCUCUAAAGGCUCCUGCCCACUGAAUAAACAUUCCAUGUAUUUUCCCUU